UUUGAGGGGAGGCAAUAACGGUCUUGGCAGCUCCAGCUGAGCCUCCUGCGGGCAGCGGGCGCUGGAGGGAGCAGCAGGGGUAGUGGAAGCCGCAACCGGACCCGCCCGGGCCCCAGCAGCACGAUGGGCAAUGCGGCGACGUCCCAGAAGGGCGGCAAGCUGGAGAGCAUGGAGGAAUUCUUAGCCAAAGCCAAAGAAGACUUCCUUAAGAAAUGGGAGAGCCCCUCUCAGAACACGGCCAGUUUGGAUCAGUUUGAUCGAAUCAAGACCCUGGGCACAGGCUCAUUUGGAAGGGUGAUGCUGGUGAAACUCAAAGAGACCGGGAAUCACUAUGCCAUGAAGAUUGUGGAUAAACAGCAGGUAGUGAAGCUGAAACAAAUUGAGCACCCCCUCAACGAGAAACGGAUCCUCCAGGCCGUCAACUUUCCAUUCCUCACCAAGCUAGAGUAUUCUUUCAAGGAUAACUCCAAUCUGUACAUGGUGAAGGAAUACAUCGCGGGCGGGGAGAUGUUCUCCCACCUACGGCAGAUUGGGAGGUUCAGUGAACCUCACGCCCAGUUCUACGCUGCGCAGAUCGUCCUGACCUUUGAGUAUCUGCACUCGCUGGAUCUCAUCUACCGAAACCUGAAGCCAGAGAAUCUCCUGAUAGACCAGCAAGGCUACAUCUUGGUGGCGGAUUUUGGUUUUGCCAAGCGGGUGAAAGACGUAACCUGGACUCUGUGUGGGACCUCAGAAUACCUGGCCCCCGAGAUCAUCCUCAGCAAGGCUUAUAACAAGGCUGUGGACUGGUGGACUCUGGGCAUCUUCAUCUACGAGAUGGUGGCUGGUUACCCCCCAUUCUUCGCGGACCAAAUCAUGAAGCUCUACGAGAAGAUUGUCUCUGGCAAGUUCCAGUUCCCGGCUUACUUCAGCUUUGACCUGAGGGACCUGCUCCGGAACCUGCUGCAGGUGGACCUCACCAAACGCUUUGGCAACCUCAAGAAUGGGGUCAACGACAUCAAGAACCACAAGUGGUUUGCUACCACCGACUGGAUCGCCGUCUACCAGAGGAAGGUGGAAGCUCCCUUUAUACCAAAGUGCAAUGGCCCCGGAGACACAAGUAACUUCAACGACUGUGAGGAAGAGGAGAUCCGGGUCUCCAGCACUGAGACGUGCACCAAGGAGUUUGCUGAGUUCUAGGGCGAGCGGCCCCCCCGAGAGGGUGUGCACGGAGCAGGUGGGGGCGGGGCUGGAUUUGAUCAAGAGAAGGACCCGAGUUCCUUGCCUGUGUGUUUUAUUUUUGUGGGCGGGGGGUAGGGAUUUGCCUGGAUCUGGUUUGGUGGGGAGCGGGAGACCCCUUAUUCUAAACCUGUACCCUCCCCCCAAAAUCUCCCUUUCCCACAAAGAAGCUUGAGAGUCCCGUCUAGAGGGUGGGGGUAUCAUCCGCCCCGCCCUGGGAAAUACAUCUGUGUCCUCCGACAAAACUUGUUUCGGAAAAAACAAAACAACCCCCCCAACCCCCACUUCCUCUUUUAACAGUGUGCUUUGUUGUCAACAUAUUUG